AUGCUCCGACGCGUUGCUGGAACUGAGUUGUCCCGGACUGUUGCAAGGCUGAGUGUACCGUCCCGACGGUAUACAAACUACGACCACCUUCACUACGCUACGGACACGAAAGCUGUGCUUUGCAUUUUGGGGUAUUUUGUUGCCUUAUGGUUUGUAAUGCUGCGCAUAGGAAGCCUCUUUUCAUGCCGUGCUAAAUACAAGGAUGAUUAUUUACGUGUUUGGCGCCGCAAACUCGGCACCGGGUAUCAGUGGUCGGAUGCGUGGGGUCCGCAAAUCGAUACGUUUUUCCGCAAUGUUCCUGACAGGGCAGUGUAA